AUGACGCCGACUGCUCAAAAAGGCAAGCACCUGUUUGACAUCGUUCUGCCUGCAGUUGAGAAGGCUGUGGGAAGCCUGGAAGACUUGUAUGCGGAUCUCCCAGUUGAAAGUGGGAGACCCAUCUCCGGAGCAACUUCGAAUCACCCAGCGGGUCGCUUAGUUGAUUUGUUGGGGAAGGCAGAGAGCUUGACCAAUGGCAUGUCCAAAGCGAUGCUGCCGGUUCAGGGGCCUGCCCGAACUGCGGGUUUCACUGAUGCUCGUUCCGAGAUGGCUGCCCAAGUUCAGGCAAGCACGGCGUGUGCUUCGAACUUGCGGGGCAAACUCGCAGAGUUUGCUUGUUUGGCUCCAGUGGAAGAUACAGGAAGUGGAGAAGACGCUGUGGACGACCCAUGCCCGUCAGACUUCCGUACUCUGCAAAAGCUGGCACACUGGCGGAAUUUAGUCAGUUGUAAAGAGAUGCUCAGCCGAAAAGAGUCUGUGGACAUUCUGCGGGUGUUGCUAAGAGCUGAACGAGCUAUUGCCGAGCUGCAACGAGGGGAGGCUGCUUGCACUCGACGGUGGGAUGCAUUGUCACAGGAGGUGCGGCAGGCCAGUGACAGAAUCAAGGCCAUUCGGGGCAGAGCACAGAAACUUAAGGAAAGACGCUGCGAUGUUGACACAGCCGCGGGCUGUCGACGGAAAGAGCUGUGGGCCAAACUGCUUCAAGCAGCGGAGCCCAGCGAAGGGCACACUGCAGCGAUGGCUGCGGAAGUGCACCAGCAGCUAUGCGAGACCGAUGGGCAACGGCAGCAGCUCCGAGAAUGCAUUUCUGCAGACCGUGAGAAGCUGCACCGAGUCGGCUCGAAGAGAAGACAAGCUCAAGACACACUGGAGUUGUUGACACAACUAGCGCGCCAGCAAGACAACAAGGCGGAUCUUAGCGAGCGGCACUCUGUUGAUGACGUUGUGGAUGCAGAGCUGGAUCUGGAAGCUGUACUGUGGCAGCAGAUCCGGGAAGAGCGAAUGAGUUUCCCCGGUGUCUCCUCAAGUCCCCCCCCGCCUCUCCCUCCGGAGGUCAAUUCACCAGAUGAUUUGGAGCAAGCGAGCGAGAGCCCAUCCUUCGCCCCAUGCCCACCAACUCAUGCUGAGCUUGACGACACUGAUCUUGACGGUCGUGCUCGCGAGGAGGAUCCGGGGGUCCCCAGUUUGCCCACACAGUCAAGGGAGGCAGAGGAUGCAGCGCUUCAUGUGGAGCCAAAGAAGAUGCCAUCAUCUGUGCCCCAGAAAGUUGCAAGUUUAAUCGAGCGGUUGUCCAUGUCCCGAGAUGAGCGUCGGCGUGCUGAACGCCGCCCGAAAGCUAGUGUGCCAGAAGGGCUGGCAGGAAAGCCAUUGCAGGUGAACAGACUUGACAGUCGUCCCAGCGAGGCUGACAGCUUCGGUUUAGCACGUCCUGGCGAGCCGUUGCCGCCCUUGCCAGAACCAGACUUGCUUGAAGCUCAGCAGCAGGGGACACCACAGAUGCAACCAAUGCUACCAAGCCAUCCCUCGCCCGAAUUGCUUUGGGGCGAGUUGCCAUCGGCUCCUUUGGAUCUGCAUCUUUCUGACCCAAUUGUGCAAGAUGCUCCCCUUCCAGGCAUGUCUGCAAAGAUGCCUGCUGCUGAGUUCCCACCUGGAGACGGUGUACCAUACGUGCGCCGGGUAACGCUGGAACUAGAUGACUAA